AACACGAGUCGGCUUUUAAAACUAUUUCUUUUCCUCCUUUUGUUAUUACUGUUAUUCUUCGUUCAAUCCCAUAAUCCUUCUCUCUGCAUACAUAAAUUUUUACUGCAUUUUGAUUUCUCAACUGGUAAAAGCCUGAAAGCUCUUUCGAUCCCAUUCCUUUCUCUCCCAAUGGAAAAGCUCUAUAUACUUGUUCUUGUCUCUGUUCUCCUUUUGGUGCCAACAGCAACUGCUGCAGCAACCCAAGAAGGAUCAGAGGACUGGGGCUAUGUUGAAGUCAGACCCAAAGCCCACAUGUUCUGGUGGCUUUAUAGAAGUCCUAACAGAGUUGAGGAUCCCUCAAAGCCAUGGCCAAUCAUUCUCUGGCUCCAAGGUGGACCUGGAGCUUCAGGAGUUGGGAUGGGGAACUUUCAAGAGGUUGGGCCAUUGGACACCAAUUUGAAGCCAAGGAAUUCAACGUGGUUGCAAAAGGCAGAUCUUUUAUUUGUCGAUAACCCAGUUGGAACUGGAUUCAGUUUUGUGGAGGACAACGCUCUGUUUGUGAAAAAUGAUGUGGAGGCAGCCACUGAUUUGACAACAUUACUGAAAGAGCUAUUCAACAGAAAUGAGAGCCUCCAGAAGAGUCCUCUGUUCAUUGUGGCAGAGUCUUAUGGAGGCAAAUUUGCAGUGACUCUUGGACUUUCAUCUCUAAAAGCCAUUGAAGAAGGAACACUAAAGCUUAGACUUGGAGGUGUUGCAUUGGGAGACAGUUGGAUCUCCCCGGAAGAUUUUGUGCUUUCAUGGGGUCCUCUUCUUAAAGACGUUUCACGGAUUGAUGAUAAUAGCUUGGAGAAAUCAAACAGUGUGGCUCAGCUGAUCAAGCAGCAGAUUAAGGAUGGGAAAUUAGGAGAUGCAACUAAUUCAUGGAUGCUACUUGAGAGCCUCAUCAGAUCCGGGAGUAACGACGUGGAUUUCUAUAAUUUCCUAUUGGAUUCAGGAAUGGACCCAUUGUCUUCUUUGACAACCACUGAAAUGAAUGUUGCACUGAAAAAAUAUACAAGAUAUCUAAAUUCCUUGAGGAGGUCUUCAUUAGCACCAGGUGGUAAUGGAGAUCUUGACACUUUGAUGAAUGGUGUCAUUAAAAGGAAGCUUAAGAUUAUCCCAAACAAUGUGACUUGGGGAAUGCAGUCCGACAAUGUCUUUGAAUCUAUGAUCGGAGACUUCAUGAGACCCAGAAUUGAUGAGGUUGAUCAACUCCUUGCCAAAGGGGUCAACGUCACAGUAUACAAUGGGCAAGUUGAUCUCAUAUGCGCAACCAAGGGGACUGAAGCAUGGGUUGAAAAGCUCAAGUGGGAUGGACUCCAACAAUUUCUGAACAAGAGUAGAACCCCUCUCUACUGUGGGAAUGAUAGAUUUACCGGAGGAUUUACCAGGUCGUACAAAAACCUUCACUUCUAUUGGAUUCUUGGAGCAGGACACUUUGUACCUGUGGAUCAGCCCUGCAUUGCUUUGAAUAUGGUGGCUGAUAUUACACAGUCAUCUGCUGCUGCUUCUGCUUCCCCACAUAGAAGAACAGAGGCUCCGUGAUGUAGUAGCAGUUCUACAAUAAGCAGACAAACAAAGAAAGAGGAAGAAGAUGAAGAGGGUACAGAAGACAGGGACAGAGUCAACAAGCAAAAGUAUACGUAAUAACGACGUGUCGCACGCACACCUCAUCCACUCAUUAGUCUUUCACGGUGUUAGUUAUUCCAUAUUACCAAAAGGCCACACCUUAUACGUAUUCUUGAUGUAUAGACACAUUAUUAUAUUAUAGACAAACCCAAUACAUUAAUGGCAUUCUAAACAAGGAGAAUAUA